CCAACUCCACUUCACUUCAAUCUCUAUAAACAGAGCGCAUCAGCAGCAAUUUUAGGGUUAGGGUUUUAAGUAGCGGCUACUGGCUCCUGUUCUCUUCACCUUCAAGCUCUAAAGACCCUCGUCGCCUUCGAAGAAACUUGUUUCAGCAGCCAUGGGGAAGACACGUGGUAUGGGAGCUGCCCGCAAACUGAAGUCCCACCGCAGAAGGCAAAGGUGGGCUGACAAGGCAUACAAGAAAUCUCACCUUGGUAAUGAAUGGAAGAAGCCAUUUGCUGGUUCUUCCCAUGCUAAAGGAAUUGUCCUUGAAAAGAUAGGUAUUGAGGCCAAGCAGCCUAACUCUGCUAUCAGAAAGUGUGCUAGAGUUCAACUUAUUAAAAAUGGGAAGAAGAUAGCUGCCUUUGUUCCCAAUGAUGGUUGCUUAAACUAUAUUGAAGAGAAUGAUGAGGUUUUGAUUGCUGGUUUUGGACGUAAGGGUCAUGCUGUGGGAGAUAUUCCUGGUGUUAGAUUUAAGGUUGUGAAGGUCUCUGGUGUCUCCCUUCUUGCCCUCUUCAAGGAGAAGAAGGAAAAACCAAGAUCUUAAGCUUAAGAUUUUGCAAUGUGGAGAGAUUCUACUAUCUAUUGCUAAACCUUUCAAAGAAUCCGAUAUGCUUCUCUCUGUUUUUUAGUGGAUCUGUUGAACAUUUUUAACCUUUCUAGUUACUGUAUUGAAUAUUUUUGGUUUUAAUAUUUGUCCGAGAUUAUCAUUCA